AAGUCAAGAGAGAGGUUUAAAAUGUAUUGCCUAGUAAGUCUUAUAUUGGUAAUAUAUUUCUCAUUGGGCACCGCGGAUGUGACAAGUUCACCUCCGGUGCUGAUCUGGGGCACCGAGACUUCUAAGGCCACAAGUAUUUUUCGCCCUGUAAAAUUCGAUAAGUUUUACAAAAUAAUAAAAAAUUUGAAAAGGGACAAUAUGAUAGUGAUUUACCUAGCCUCCGAGCUGGCCGCCAAGGACAUUAACUGCGAUGUGUGCUUUCCCUACUUGAGCAAAAUCCACCCCAUGAACUACUACAGUCAGGUGGAAGAGCCCCUGAAGGCCGUGGAGCAGGUCAGUAAGAUGACCAGAGAAGGUAUCAUCUGGCACACUCCCUUGAUCACGGAAAUAAGGAGACUAGAACUGGAGAUGGAGCUACCUUGCAAGAAGGGACAGAUACACGCCUUCAGUUUUAACGAUCGAAAUGUGCUUGCUCAUGAUGCUGCCAUGGCGGUGGCAACCUAUCAGUUCAGUGACUGUCCGGUGGUGCACUUGUACACGGCUUAUACGGAGGAAGACCGGGCCUUCCAGCGGCGUAAAUCGCAAAAGAUACGUCCCGCGCCCAUUGUAAUGGAUCCAUCGAAGACCGUGGGAUCAUCGACGGAUGGAAAUGAUACCGACUCGAGCGACCCGAAACAAUUCAGCUACACCAUUGUUAAUAAUAUGACCUUGCUGCGACACAACAUGGUCGUCCUUUUAUUUCAAAAUAUUAUGAUGGCCACGAAGCACCGACACUUCUCACUGGCCUUCAACCGGACUCACGUGGUCCUGCCCAAAGGGAAAGAGGGAGUGCAGGUGGGCUUGCUCAACGGGGUGGACAUUUACCGGGGCAUCGUUGUGGUCAUGGACACAAGCAUCAGUCCCCUGAUCAUUGAGUUGGUGCCCUCGCAUGGCAAUUGGCACCUCACCCGCAUCAUCUUCGGCAGCAAUACCACCUACUAUCCGCGCGAUCUCAUCUUCUUCGGCCUUGACUUCAGCCUAUGUUGUCCGGACAUCACAGUAUUUUCCUCGGACUCGUCGCGGCUGACUAUCUUCGACCUUCACCUGGACAUCCUUUGGCGAGAUAACGACAAUGGCAUGGACGCGGAGUACGAGGCUAAGCCCUGCUGGGGUUGUUCUGUGCUGAUGACACCGACCCUGACCCAGACCAUAUUCGUGAUGCUGAUCGUAACCCUGAUACUCUGGAUCGGCCUGGCCAUGAUACUUGCGAUCGGGCAGAACAGGUUCCUCCAGAACGCCGCCGAUCCUGACCUGCACAUCAAGACGGACACCUAGACAUCGUAUGGGAACUGUGGUGGCGACCCUCGCCCACGCUCUUUGAUGCACAUGCGGCACGGUCUACACACUCUGCUAAUUCACUUGCUUACAAUUCUAAUCGCGUGGGGUCGCGGAUGGUGCGGAUGGGGAAGAGGGUUAGAGAUCGUAAUAAUAAUGUCAUUGUCGCGUUCUUUUA